AUGAUUCUCGUGCUGAUUGGUUCUCUGCUGAUUGAAGCAGGUUUGCUUCAGGUGGAGCAUGCACAACUGGCUAUGCGUGAAGGGGUGACUGUACAAGGUGUAGUGUACAAAGCGUCUACCUCCAAGGAAAGUGCUGAUUUGGGAUGUCAAGCAUGUGCGGUUUACACUUAUGCGUAUGGUGGACAAGACCACUUUUUUGUCGAUCUUAUGGAGUCCUUGUCGUACUUUGGUAAGGUACUGCAAGUGAAGAAGUUUACUCACCGUGGUUACUUUGAGGGUAAACUUUCGGUGAUUUUGGAUACUUCUGUUGGAUUUCAGAAUGCUCUAUCUGAGCGAAUUUGA